GACUGUCCGCGCGGGCGGAACGACCGCAGUCCGCCGCGGACUAGGGAAGCCAGACAGAAUGCGGACAAGUCGAGGCGAACCAGUGUGAAAACAGUUGCAGUGAAACAGUGUGAUAUUCAAUUCUCUGUCUGGAAUUCGUGUUUUCUUGUUGUCAUUUCAAGAUGUCCAGCAGUUCAUCUGACGAAGAAGAGUUACUUCUUAUGUUCGCUUUGAGUAAAGCAAAAAGAAAAAGAAAAUGGGUGCAUGAAAUAAAUGAAACAAGAGAGGUGUUCGGCGAGUUUCACCGAUUAUGCUGUGAGUUGAGUUCAUUCGAAGACCGAUUUUUCACAUAUUUUCGAAUGUCUCAAGAACAAUUUGACAAAUUGCAUACCCUCCUUGAACAUAAAAUAUCAAAAGUGGCCACUAACUGGAGGAAACCCAUUGGGACGAAGGAAAGACUAGCUAUCUGUUUAAGGUAUUUGGCUACAGGUGAUUCCCAUCACACUAUUGCCUUUUCCUUCCGUGUUGGACGCACUACUGUUUCCAGCAUAGUUAAAGAAGUGUGCGUCGAGAUAUGGAACGUUCUACAACCGUUGUACUUGGCUACUCCAACAGAGGAAGUUUGGAGGAAAUCUGAAGUUGGCUUUAGAGAACGAUGGAACUUUCCCAACUGCAUCGGGAGUAUAGAUGGGAAACACGUGGAAAUCAAAUGCCCUAACAAGAGUGGAUCAAGUUAUUAUUGUUAUAAAAACUUUUUUUCGAUUGUUCUCUUGUCCAUAGUUGAUCCUUACUACAAUUUUAUUGUCGUUGACAUAGGUAGUUAUGGUCGGCACAGUGAUAGUGCCAUUUUCGAGAACUCCUCUUUCUAUCGCGAUUUUGUUGAUAACAAAACAAUUCUUCCUCCAAAACCAUUACCCGGGACAGAAACCCCCGUCCCUCAUGUGUUUGUAGGUGAUGAAGGGUUCAAGUUACAAACUUAUUUGAUGCGUCCGUUCCCAAGAAAGGCGGUCGUUGAUAAUAUAGAAAAAAGAAGGUACAAUAAACGACAUUGCAGAGCACGACGUAUCGUGGAAAAUGCCUUCGGCAUUUUAACUCAAAAGUGGCGUAUAUUUUUUAGACCUAUCGAAUGUAAUGUUGAUACAGCUGUACACGUUGUCAAAGCUGCUUGUUGUCUUCACAAUUUUAUUAGAGCUAACACAGAAAAUGUCACAACUGAUGAGCUAGAAUUAACAGACGAUAUAACAAAUCAACCCACCAAUGCUUUCUCAGCCACCACUCCAUUGAAAGAACGAUCUAGUGAUGCUGCCCAUGCUGCCAGACGGCCCGGCGCGCCGGCCAGCGGGAUAUCAGGAGAGGCCCCACCACCUCUGGAGCAGAGCCCUCUAGGGAUCAGGUACCGCGGCCGGACUGGUGCAACCGCCAAACAGAUAAGUGAGGCCGCGCGCCUCGCCGAUGGGGGAUCUCGCGCACGACGCGACGUGCGGAAGCAGUUUGACGACUUCCCGGCGGUGCCCCGUUCUCCUUCGCCCGCCCGACAAGGCCUCGACACGACCCGACCCGACUCGACCCGACUCGACACGACUCGACACGACACGCCGACGGACGCAGCCUGA